CAAAGAACUCCGAUAAACGUGCUAUCAUGAAAAGUUCCAAGUAGUUUUCAAUGUAGUGUUAUUUGGUGAUUUCACUGAGAUUGCAGUUGGUCGUCUAACAUUGGAAACCACCUUCGAUGAGUCUGAUUCACCACAAAGUCGUUUUGUACGCAGUUCACCCUUUGUAUCAUCAGCGCCAUCUAAUCGUCAGUGCUUGUUUUUAUUUUUCGCGAUUUUCAAAAUUUCCGUCCUUAAGACUAUGCUUCAUUCGACAUUGCUUAUGGAUGUUGUUAGUUUGGUGAUCGCAUGGUUUCUAUUGAUUAUUUUGGGUCGCUUAUCGCACGAUUACUCUUAUGGAAAUGAAGCCACUCAUCUGGAGCGACCAAAAACUUUACCAUCGGAAGCAAAAUUCACACGUAGUAAAUCAGAUCGUUUUACAUCAUUGCGUAAAAGUCUCUUUUAUAAAAGAAAUGAUACUACAGCACGAAGUUCAGAGCUGGCAUUAUCUGAUGACGAGAGUGUUGCCAUUGCACAUCGCGGUCUACAGAAGUUUGAUUCUCGUCUUGAGCAUUCUAUUUCUGGUGAAAUCGUAGAUAUGUUAUCAAUUUAUAGCGUUUCAAGGAUCCUGAAAUAA